AUGACAACAGAUGUAACACGGUCCAUAUCGCUAUCUAGGCGCUAUUUAUCGCUACCACACGAGCUAACAGGAUGUUCCUUGCCUCCUAUGGUGUCUGGAAAGCAACUAGGUAAUGUGACGCUUUGCGUGGCACACAUUCUGCCAAGCGCCGUGAGCUCUUUGCUGUUGCCACGAGUGUCGCUUGUUCGUGUACGUUGGUGGGGUGAGGAUACGCCUGGAAGCCUCUUUCGACCAAACUUGCUAUCAGGAGAUAGCGUUGGCAGCGUGGAUAUUCAGGACUCGCCUCAUCGGAUUAUCACAAUGAAAUAUCCUGUGACCGUUCUUUCUGAACAGCUAGUCGAAUAUUUCGAAGACAUGGGACACUUGACUUUGGACGUGUUUGACAAAGACUCUCGAAGAAAACUAGGAGAGUGCUUGCUGCCUCUAGAUCUAGCAAAAGGUAACAACGUAAUUACAGCAGAAGAAAAGUUAGUGGCACUACGGAGGAACAAUGUGUUGUGUGAGAUCAAAGCUCGCGAUGGAGAAGAAAGCGAAAUUGUGGGAUAUUUAGCGGUAACAUUUGAUGUAGAAUGGAUGGAUGAUCAUUCACAUGUGGAUAGUGAUGUGAAUAUUGUGGAUAAGGAUGAGCAAGCAGACUUUGAAUUGCUGACGCAUCAAGUGAAGAUUCGUAAUCUAGACGAGACAAAGGAGAAAGUUAAAACUGAUCUUAAUAUGAUAGAGAAUAGCGAACCGCAAAGUGAUGUUUUGACAAAAAAUAAAUUUAAAGAGAGUGAAAGCGAAAUCAAUCGUGUGGACUCACAGCGAGUUCAAAAACUUUUAGAGAAAGGAAAAGCGCUGCAAAAGUUGAUGGAAAAAGCUAUCACAGUUGAUUGCAAUUCAGACAUCAAGGUUAAAGAUCUUGAACAUUUUAUAACAUCACAGUAUGCUCCGGAUCAUGGCAUACAAGAGACGCAUGUAGAAUUGAAUGACUUUAUGUGUCCUCUCAAUCAGUGGUCUGAUUCUGCUGUGGAUAGUGGGCAUUCGUCAAGUUAUCAACAGCUGAGCUUAUCUGCUGACCAUUCUGCUGAUGCUGAUGUAAGACCAAUGGCGACUAUGCACCCAUCUAAUGCGGAAUUGCAUGACCGUGUUAUCGCACUGGUGAUAACGUUUGACUCGCUGGAGCUGAAUCGUGACUUUGUUGAUAAUCAGCUCCGUAAACUUCGUGAUUCCACAUCCAUUUCGAGUCGCUACAGUCCUGUUCAGAUAAACGUUUCGCAUGACAAAUUGUCGUCGCUGCUGAUUGCCUCUCAUGUCGCCGCAAAAAAUCAUGCAGAAAUAGGUGCGUUUACAGUAUCGACGUCGCUUCGAAAACGUUACUGGCAACUGGGAUGCUCCAGUACUUUGCCCAUGACAUUGCCGUCUUCGCUCACUGAAGCUGAUAGCGGUAACAAUAAGAAUUUACGAUUUUACGUUCGAUGCAAAGUUCAGAGCGAUACCCACAGCAACAAAAAGAAACGCAAGCAGAAUCGCAUUCUGAAAUCCCCUAAGCAAAUUAUACUUGAAGGUGCCGUCGAUGCUUCAAAGUUGUUAGCUGUUGCCAAGCAAAGUGACAAGACUUGGGCAACAACCAUUCAGCUGAACUUAAAAAGUGACAGCCAAUAUGCUACUAAGGGAUAUGACAUUAUAAGAAAUCGACGAAAUGAUAGAAGUGGAAUGCAACGCCUUACAAAGUUUCAUUCUGCAGGCAAUCUCAAAGUCGCUUUUGCCUAUCACACAGAUGCCGCAACUGAGCAAAAGUCGGCAAGCGAGCCAAAAAGCGAUGCUGAUAGUGGAAUGUCAUUGUCUUCCAUCAGCUCCAUCCAAGUCGACCAAGCAGGAGCUGUCCUCAAUGACAUAAUUGAUCCAGAUUCUUCUUUCGAUAAGCACCAACAACAUGAAACACAGCGGAGCUUUCAAACCGAAGCGGUGGAUAACGAUGGUUUAUAUACCAACUUCUCUUUUCAGUUUGCAGUGAUGCUUGAAAAUGUAUCAAACGUGAAUAAUGUGGCCUUGCGAGAAUGUAAUGUGCAAUUAAACAAUAGACGUGAUCUGGUGGUAGAUGACAUCAGCGAUGCCAGCAUUUCUCUUCGUUACACGAUACUAAAGAUUUUUUCAAAUUUGUCUUCGCACGUGAUCAAAUUUGAGCGGACAGUCACACGCAAUCUCAAACUUUCCCGUUGGUCCAAUUCAGCGUCAAUUCUGAAAGCUGAUUUCGGUAGAAAAACUCACAUUUUUGAGUCAAGCUUUGCAAAUGAUUCGAUUGAAUACUUUCUUCAUGGGCAUCUGAUUUUUGAAGCCUGGGUACAGUUUGCUAAGAGUUCGGAGCGUAAGCUUUUAGGCCUGGCAAAGGUGCCCUUAAGACAGCUGGCUGUGCUUUUGAGUAAAGAAAAGGUUGACCAGCUAAGUGUAUCGAAGAAUUGCUUUCCUUCUAUAGACAUUGGUGGGGCGUUUCCAAUUAUUAACCCAUUCACCGGUCUUUUAUCCGGAUAUCUCCGGGCUCGAGUUUGCAUUGGGACAGCAGAGCAGCUGCUAACAUGGGUCAAGAUUAUUCCGAAAUUGGUUAAGCUACAAGGUAUGGUUCGUGGAGUAUUGUCCCGGAAGCAAAUUCAUUGUUAUACCUCUAGCACAACACUGAGACCAGAUCCAAUCACAUCACGAUCCGUAGCCAUCCCUGAUGAAAUAAAUAGAUCGGACUCACAAUCGACAGCUCCUACUCUUACUUCAGAUAUCAUCAGCUUUGGGCAUAGCUGUUGGAAGGAAGACGCAAGCAACAAUCAAUCAGAGUCGUCACUUAACAAUGAGAAAGCUUGCGGAGGUGAAUUUGUAACGAAAAGUAGCUUGAUUCUGCGUAAAAUUCGCUUUGAAGUUUGUCAAAGCUGGCGAUCUGGGAUGCAAAAUGAUAAAUACAAAGACGAAGGGUGUGAAAAUGGAGCCCGGACUUGCACCCCACUUCUCGGGUGCGAAUUGCAAGGUCAAAUUGUACUCAUUGGGGACUCAGAGUAUCCAGGUAAUGUAAUCGAUCUGCCAUUUGCUUUGUGGUGGGAUGCAGCAGACAAAAAAUUAAAUUCUCAUUUCAGUCACUCAUUUCAAGUAAAUGGCCUAUUAAAAAAAGAGGUUGCAUCAUUAGGAUCUCAAAGCCAGGUGUUGUUUGCAUUGCAUGUCGAAAAUGGCUUUUUUGGAUUGCAAUCCCGUGAAACAAUAACGGGCGAAGCACGAUUGAAUCUAUACGAAGAAUUGAUUCAAUGCACCACUAAAGGCGAUAGAAUUGGGCAGCAUGCUGAGGUCGAAAAUCAUGUCAAUGUGAACAUCCCGAUUGUUUGGGAUAGAGGAGAGAGUGGCCACCGGGCGCUUCCAUCUGCGAUUCCCUUAACAAUUUCUUAUCAAAUGUCAAAAUCUGAAAACAUGACGGCACUUACCGAAUUAAAUACUGAUAACUUGGAAAAUGCUGAUGCGUUCUGCUCCACUGUUGGAGCGCGGCACCACGUCGGUGCAGAUUUAAGCGAUGUACGAGAUGUGCGCCUAAUCCCUGCCAGUCUUGUGUUAUCCUUUCACUUGCUGUCAAUAGAAGACUUCGAACGUUUGCUUGAUGAAAAUAGGCAUCUACUGAUCGCAAAUUUAUCAUCAAGUACGGGCAAAUCAAGUGACCACUUUUCUGAUCUGCUGGAUACUCAAUACGACGCGCGAUGUGUCUGCUUUGACACUACGAUUUGCUUAGGAAAUAGCCUUCAUGAGAUGGAAAAAAAAUACCAGCAAAAUGACGUUGCUAAUCACGAUUCAAGAAUUCGUGUAUAUAUGGAGAAUGGCAAGUGGUUCAAACGUUGGCGAUCACCCGACAUAACAAUUCCUGUGACUGGUGACAAGCGAACAAAGACAUUCGAAGAUGUUUUCAUGCGCAUUCAUUUGCUUUUAAAUUCAGACACAGUGGCAAUUUUGCAACAAGACUGUGCUCGAGUGUCUGUGCUACUAUCGUGCGAAAUUUGCCGUGAGCCACAUGAACUUGGGUGUGUCAGCUUUCCCUUGGCUGCAGUUCUUUAUCGCCCGGACGGUGUCCGUGGCAUGUUCUCAAUUCGUGUACUACAAGUGUUUUCGGCUGCUCGAGUUGGUGUUCACUGCUUCGUUGAUCAUACCAACCCAUUACUCACCACCAUUGGUGCAAAUCAAGAAACGAUUUCUCCGCCCUUGAUGUCCCCAACCAGUCCAGACGAAAUACCGUGUGAUAACGGCGAUUUGUUAAAUGUGAGAUCGUUAAGAUCAUGUAAAGUGUGUAUUGAAGAAGUUCGUAAUCUGAUUGUGGAUGAUGCUGGGACAACUUUUUGCAUUUAUGUUGCCUUUGAAAUGACAAAACAGAGUUUAAGCGAAGCUUCAAUAUCUUAUAUGAUUACUACAAAAAAAACAGAUAUAAAAGCUGGUCCAGACUUUAAAUGGAACUAUUGGGAUGUUUUGGAUGUGGACGAUGAUAAUUGGCAAAGCUAUUUACUUAAAGUGUCAGUCUGGCGAUACAACAAUUAUGAAUUGAAUGAAUAUAAUUCGGAUGAAAGAUUUGUAUUUAAUAAGCAUGAGACUGAUGUGCUUAUUGGAUCGGUUUCCAUCGACUUGAGUCUGUUUGAUCGUGGUUGGCGUGAUAUCGACGGAUGGUAUCACAUUAAGAAUGCACAGUAUGAGACGCGGGGCCAAGUGAAGGUUCACGUGCAAAACCUUUGUGUAGAAGAGACGCAGGAAGGCUCUGACCCAAUGGACAGCACUUGGAGUCCUGGGCACCUCAUUGAAUCAUUUGGCAAGGAUGACGCAGCCGAAAUAUUACCGACAUUCGAUGGUGCAAUACAAGCAGUAUACCAGGCAUCAGUGGAAGUUAAGGAGCAUCUGGCUUGUUUGCAUCCGUCCGAUCAUAGUUCCAGUCAAACAAUAGAUGUCGCAAGAGUAUACACGUCUGAGAAUAGCUUAGCGGAAUGCAAUGAAAAGGACAUACCAAAAUUUACUGGGACAACACCAUAUUCUGAGCAAGACUUGGUGUUAGAAGCUAAAGACGCAUCGUUUGAUGGAGAUGCCAUAGCUGAUCAUUUGAUUGCUGAAACAACAGACCACAGUUUUACAUCCCAAGCAAUGCGUGAUAAGUGCAAUUGGUUGAAUACUGGCCAGUGCGAUAAUGCUGAUGAUGGUAAAUUGUUAUCUUCUCGUCAAAUGGACGAAGCUACACAUGUAAGUUUGGGUCAACAAACAAAGCUGAUUCCGCAUUUAUUCGAGUCUGCGAUAAUAAACGAAGAUGAGGUGAUCGAUCACAAAAGAUUAGCGGAUUCAGGUGGGAAAGAGGACGAAAACAGUGGAAAUGCCAAGCUUCAGUCGUCUGACUCCGAUUUAGCGAGUGUCAAGUGUUUUGAUAUCGAUUGUCUUUGGCAGGUACCAGAUGUGCAAGUAAAAAAAAUAGACAAAAUCAAAGUUGCUGUAGCCGACAUUGUGUCAGACAACAAUUGGGAUGUCGAUGUAUUGUGCGAGAACGAACCUGCGCCAAGUGAGACUGAUAGCAUAUUGGAUGACGACACCGAGGGGAUUCAGCACCUACUGUCUGACGUCAUCUCUUCCAGCUCUAGUCACAAUUCAAAGCGUCAGUAUGCUGACAAAGCUGUUCAGGUCAAUCCUUUGGAGUUAGGUUUUCAGAUUGUAGAGAUGAAGCAUAGUCCCCUCCAGUCUACACCGCUGGAGGAGAAUGGUACUAUCGGAAAUGAAUUAGAUGCUGAAAGUUGCUUUGGGGAGAAUAAAGAAACUGCUGAUGUGGGCUGCGAUCCGAUAGAAAUUUCAAACUCUUCGAGUCUAUCAAUUUCUCAAUUGGAAACGAAAGAAAUCCCGCAAAUUCUUACAAUAAAACACGACCUGGAAGGCGAGUAUGAUAAGAUUUUGACUUCUGAUAAUCUCAAUGGUGACAUUUGUGUGACUUCCAACGUGCAAUCUGCGAAGAGCGACAAAAGCAAGAAGGAAAGAGAGACAUGUGAAAUGAUUAACGUUGUGACGCCGACGUCGGCGUUGCAGAACGAAAAAUUAGAACUCAUGUACGAAAUGUUGCGUGACGUGCGCGAAUUUUUCUUAGUAGCAAAAACUGCAUCUGUCGUAAUACAGGACAGAGAGAAUCAACAGUACCGCACUUCACUCGCUGGCUUUGGAAAAAGUAGCAGCAGAAAUGAUGAUGCCGAGCGCUUGGAAUGCCCCGGUUCUCCCAUUUUAGAUGAUUCAUCUAGAAAUUCGUUUGGACCAAACGAUAUCGAGCCUUACCACGCUCACGAGCAUAACACUGAAGUGUGUGGCGGUUGUCCUGAUACACCCAAUGUCCAGGUCGUAAAUCAUUGUCAGUUACCAGAUGAUAAUUUUUCUGAGAUGACAGAUAUGGAGGCCAUCGAGACAAUUCCGCAUACUUGUGAAAAGGUCUCAUUAAAAAAACAGGUUGAAAUUCAAGGUGAAGAAAUUAUAAAAGCUACUGUCAGCGAUCCACGAAAUCUACAAACGUUACACAACAGAACCGUCGAGGAUAGAAGUCAAUGGUCUACUAUUGUCAGCCCUCAGCGAGGUUUGAAACCGUGUGACCUCCCAACACGGUAUAGCGAGCACAAAAGCCGACAAAAAGACGACAGAUAUCAAUCGUCGAUGCAUUCAUUACUAUUCAAGCACGACUCAGAGACGGAGCGAAUCGCUCGGAUCAUGCAGGGAAGCAUGAAGUACUGGAUGAAAGAUGACGAAAGUUCAAGCAGUGACGAUCAAACUGAAGAAUUUGAUGGGCAAGAUUGCUUCUUUUAG